UAAACAUAAACACUCCAACAUCACGCUGCUCAAUUGCCUGCUCUCGCGUCGAUUAGAGAGCAGAGGCCCCGAGCAUUCUUCCUCUCCAUUCUUACCGCUCCCGAGCAACCUGCCGUCCCGCAAUUUGCUUUCAAUCCUAUUCGUCCCGUCCCAACGCGUGUCUCUGAAGUGCAGCUACCCCAGCAGGAAUGAGCGCCACCACACCCCGCAGAGCAAACAUGACGCCUUCGCACAGUCCAGCGAAGACUACACCCCGACGCGUGCUUGGAGAAGUCGCUCCAAGGGCGUUGAAUACGCCGUCGAAACACACAGCGGCGUUCGAGCCAUCCGAAGCUAUGAGAGCCCACAGCCCGCUGAAGCACAUCACCACGCUCUCGCCGCAGCUGUUCGUGGAGAAGGAGAAUAUCACGAGUGCGGGGACGUAUCCGCACGGCAGGAAACGGAGCAUCUACGAGGUCGACGGCGCGGAAAACAUCGAGAAGACGAAGGCCAUGUUUGGGGCACGCCACGAGGGCGCGUUAGGAGCAGCAGCAGGCUUGACUACUGCCGCGGUCCAGAGACACACGGAGGACACGGCCGUCGACCUGCCCGUGCCAGGCUCGCCCACCGAACGUAACACGCCUACGCCAGAGCCGGACGGGCUGCUAGAGGUUGCGAACUCGCAAGAUACGCAAGCGAGCAAAGAGUCGUUUUCCAUGUUCGUCAACUACGGCGCCUGCGAGAGCCAGAACAGCGACCAACCACAGCCACCGGCCGUGGAAGAGAAGAAGUCAAGAGUGGAUUUACUACGAACAAGGCUGGGCUUUGGCAUGUACAAAGUCAAAACCAAGCAGAUAGCCACGAGCGGUUCCGAAAUCAUUGCGAAUUACGAAGCCUUGUCCUCGUCAACCGCGACGGACGUGUCCGCCUCGACCGCCAUCACGUCCUCUGCCGAAUCAACAACCGAGCAUACAGUCCCGAGCAUAGCCCUCUCCCCAGCGCGCCGCGAUCCUCAGCCCGUCUUCAUCGAAGCGAAUCUAGACCCCUUCCGGCCGAUAGGCAAGUUGACGCCCGCGCCUGUGCUUCUGCCGACCGCUGUCUCGUCGCGCCUGAUACAAGACUACUAUAUGCCGUCAUCCCCUCCGCAAGUUGUGUCUCCCGAGCAACUGAAUUCGCCCGUUAGGCAAAAAUCUAGCUACAGGACUCCGGUACCGAAGCGUGUGAGGACAGAUGAGGUGCUCGAGGAAGAGGAAGAGGAGGACCGGGAAGAAACAGUCGAGGAGAGACUGCUGAGACUGCAGGAGAAGAGAUUCCAGCAGGGAGAUUUGACGAGCUCUGUGGUAAAAGGAAAUGCUGCAAAGGGCCUGCUUGAGCUGAUGGCUGGGAAGCGAUAGCGGCGGAACCCUAACAGGCGGAAGGAGUCGGGAUUACGGGAUUCAAGAAGCGUGUAUCUUGAGUCCCGGUUUUAUUUCUGUCUUAGGCGUUUGGUGUGUCGCUCUAAAGAGUGGUAUGUGGUGGACUGUGGUAUUUACGAGAGACGACUCUUGAGUGCAUUUGGGGAGCAUAAUCGGAAAUCCAGCAUCAUUUCAUCUAUUCGGCUUGCGAUCUUUACUCCUACGUUUACCUUUUCCGUAGCUAAACAAGGUGGG